AUGAUUUGCGGUGGCGGAGUCUCAAACUUGCGCGCCUGGUCCAGCACAAGACCAGUAGCCGCUCAUUAUUGGUCGACUACCACAUACUCGCUGCACGCCAGCGCUGCUAUUGCGGGACGGUUCACACCGUGGAACUUUACGAAUUAUAUUACGAGGUCAUUUAAGGAGCCGAGGCCGCUUGUUGUGACUGACCCUCGCGUUGACGCUCAAGCAAUUUGGGGAGCGGUGAAUGUUAACAUCCCGGUUAUAGCUCUCUGCGACACAGACGCGCCUUUGCUGUUCAUCGAUGUGGCGAUCCGAACGAAUAACAAGGCGCGUCAUGCCGUUGACGGGUGGGAUGUGAUGGUUGACAUGUUCUUCUAUCGUGACCCUGAGGAAGUUGAGAAACAACAACAGGAGGAGGUGCAGAAUAAGGCGAAUGCUGCUGGGGAGCAGGAGACUGGAGCUGCGAAUGCGGAGUGGGAUAAUACAGCUGCUCCCGCCGCUGGAGCUAUUAACCCUGCUGUUCUGGAAUCUGGUAACCUCGAUUGGUCGGCUGAGCCUGCGCCGGGUGGAGGAGACUGGGCCGCGGAACCGGCAGGUACAAGUGGAUGGGGCGCUGAUGCGAACCCAACGUCGAGUGGUUGGGACUGAGUGGAUAGUAUCACGUUUAUCUCUCUAGUCAUUCGUGCCCUACCCUACAUGUCAUAUCAUAUCAAAAUGUUCAUGCGCUCCUUCGCAUAUCCACUUCGCGAUCUUGUAUGUUGUUCUAUGAUCAGCAAUGUAUGUAUGGUAUCGACGCACCCG